UAAGCAUUAUGGUUAGCCUGGCAGCGUUGUCGGCCCUUGGGCUGCUUUUAUUAGUGGCGCGUGUUUGGUGUGCCGAGGAUAAAAGCUACAGCGUUGAAUUGAACUCCUUUGAGCGCAAUUCGAUGUUCGAAAACGAUGCAAAGUGGGUGGACUGGGGCUCGCUGCGCGUGAAGAAAGUGGGACGCAAUAAGUUUGCAUUGACUGGUGAAUUCGAAAUGAAACUCAACUUGGGUGAUGAGCAAAAGCUUUCGCUGCAAGUCUUCACCUAUGAUGCCGCCAAUAAGAAAAAGGGUCCAAUGGUCAUGAACGUCAAUAAGCCGUUCUGUCAGUUUAUUAGCGAGGAUGAGGACACCUAUCCGCAUCUGCAGGCAGCUUCCAAUUUGCCCGAAAAGGGUGAAUGUCCCUUUCCCAAGGGCGAGUACAGCAUCGACAACUAUGAGCUGGAGACCACUUUUCUGCCCGACGAUGCACCCAAGGCGGACUAUCUGAUUGAGCUGAAUAUUCUGGAUAAGGAAAUUCCUGUUGCCGGUCUGAUUUCUGCUGUCACGCUGACCUAAAUCUUUUCUUUCUUUGCUCUCUUCUUUCAUUUUUUUUUUGUUACGUUUUGGGUGGAUCCCUUUUUGGCACUGCAAGUGUUUUACGUCUGUUUAUAAGCUAUAAGUUACUUUUUUUUUAUAUGUGAAAUAUAUUGUAACAUGAAAAUCGCUUUCAAAGACCACAAAUUUUCACAAGUCUAAAAUUUUAUAAA